AUGGAUCGCUCCCUUCUUCUUUCAUACUUUCUUAUUCUCUCUCUGUUGCUGAAUUUUGUUCAUGCCAGCAAAAAGUGCUACAUUGUAUACUUGGGAGCACAUUCUCAUGGUCCAAACCCUUCAUCUGUUGAUCUUGAAACUGCUACUCUUUCUCAUUACGAUUUAUUGGGUUCAAUCUUGGGAAGCCAUGAGAAAGCGAAAGAAGCAAUUAUUUAUUCAUAUAAUCAACACAUAAAUGGCUUUGCAGCUGCACUUGAAGAGGAAGAAGCAGAAGAUAUUGCAAAAAAACCAAACGUAGUGUCUGUGUUCUUGAGCAAAGAGCAUAAACUGUACACUACCCGUUCCUGGGAGUUUCUUGGAUUGCAAAGGAAUGGUGUGAACACAGCAUGGCAAAAGGGAAGAUUUGGUGAAAAAACAAUCAUCGGUAACAUUGACACAGGUGUUUGGCCUGAAUCCAUGAGUUUUAGCGACACAGGAAUCGGUCCUGUGCCAGCAAAAUGGCGUGGGGGCAAUGUCUGUCAAAUUGACAGAUUGCGGGGUUCAAAGAAAAUUCCAUGUAACAGAAAGCUAAUUGGAGCAAGAUUCUUCAACAAAGCUUAUGAAGCAUUCAGCGGCAAACUUCCCUCAUCACAACAAACAGCGCGUGACUUUGUGGGCCAUGGUACCCACACUCUAUCAACAGCUGGAGGAAACUUUGUGGCAGGUGCAAGUGUCUUUGGAAAUGGCAAUGGCACUGCAAAGGGUGGAUCUCCAAGAGCUAGAGUUGCAGCUUACAAAGCAUGCUGGUCUCUCACAGAUGCUGCUAGUUGCUUUGGUGCAGAUGUGUUAGCUGCUAUUGAUCAAGCCAUCAGUGAUGGUGUUGAUGUGAUUUCUGUUUCUAUUGGAGGCAGAACUAGUCUUAGUGCUGAAGAAAUAUUCACAGAUGAAGUUUCUAUUGGGGCAUUCCAUGCACUUUCCAAAAAUGUAUUAGUGGUUGCCGCGGCUGGAAAUGAUGGACCAACACCUGGAACUGUUCUUAAUGUGGCUCCCUGGCUAUUCACUAUUGCUGCUAGCACAAUAGAUAGGGACUUCAGCAGCACUUUAACUUUUGGUAACAAUCAGAAAAUCACGGGAGACAGUCUUUUUGUAAAUUUACCACCUAAUCAGUCCUUUUCUCUGAUCCUUGCUACUGAUGCUAAAUUUGCCAAUGCAACAAAUCGAGAUGCUCGAUUUUGUAGGGCUAGGACACUUGAUCCUAGAAAAGUGAAUGGCAAAAUAGUGUCGUGCCUUCGAGAAGGAAAAAUAAAAUCAGUUGCAGAAGGUCAAGAAGCUCUAUCUGCUGGUGCCAGGGGAGUGAUUUUGGGCAAUCAAAAGCAAAAUGGGAACACACUUCUUGCUGAGCCUCAUGUUUUAUCCACCGUCAACUAUCCGCAGAAACAUCCAAAAACAAAUCCUGCUAGUUUUGACUUAACUGCAACGGACUCUACGAUAAAAUCAGGCAAUACAAUAAGGAUGUCUUCGGCAAGAACUUUGUUUGGAAUAAAGCCAGCUCCAGUUAUGGCUUCAUUCUCCUCUAGAGGACCCAAUAAGAUUCAACCAUCAAUACUCAAGCCUGAUGUAACUGCACCCGGUGUGAACAUACUUGCUGCCUAUUCACUAUUCGCUAGUGCAUCAAACCUACCUUCAGACCCUCGCAGAGGGUUUCCAUUCAAUGUUUUGCAAGGAACUUCUAUGUCUUGCCCUCAUGUCGCUGGCAUUGCUGGACUUAUCAAAACACUUCAUCCUAGUUGGAGUCCAGCAGCUAUUAAAUCAGCAAUCAUGACCACAGCAAGCACAAGAGAUAACACCAACAGACCAAUACGGGAUGCGUUUGAUAAAACAUUGGCAAACCCGUUUGCUUAUGGUUCAGGACAUGUUCAACCUAACUCAGCAAUAGAUCCUGGACUUGUUUAUGAUCUAAGCAUUGUUGAUUACUUGAACUUCCUAUGUGCUUCUGGAUACGACCGACAACUCAUUUCCGCACUUAAUUUCAACAAGACAUUCACUUGUUCAGGAUCUCACAGCAUAACUGACUUGAACUACCCUUCAAUAACAAUGCCAAAUCUUGGGUUAAAUGCCAUGGUUGUCACUCGCACGGUCACCAAUGUUGGGCCACCAAGCACCUAUGUUGUAAAAGCCCAAUUGCCUGGAUAUAACAUUGUUGUUAUACCCAAUUCCUUGACUUUCAAGAAAGUUGGUGAAAAGAAGACAUUCAAGGUUACUGUACAAGCUUCAAGUGUAACUAAGCGGGGAAAUUAUAGUUUUGGGGAAUUGCUGUGGACAAAUGGAAAGCACAUAGUCAGAAGUCCCAUCACAGUUCGGCGCAAAUGA